CUUACUGUGGCAGCUGCAAAUCCACCCGCAGCCUUGGCGCGAACUUUCCAGCACGCAAGCUGUCGACGUCGUCCCGCCCAAACUGCCCACAACACGCCCGACCAGGCUCAGACCUCGCAGAGCAGUCCAAAUCUACCCACGCGCUUGAUCGGUCAGGCUCGUUGCCAUAGACGGCCACUGUCCCGUUCAAGAUGGCUGCCCCAAAGAUGAGCAAGAAUCAAAUGCGCCGUGCCAAAAAGAAGGAGCAAAAGAAGGCCCAACCCGUGACUGCCACAAAGCCCGCCGAGAGCAACGACGGCCCCGCGAAUGGACAGGAAGGGCCCAGUAGCGAGGAUGCCAUUCCCAAGACAGACGACCUAGAGGUGAAGCAAGACCCUACCGUGCAAAAUGCCGCUCCGACCGAUGGGCCCGUCGAUGUUGCCCUUGACGACGAAGACCCAGCAUUUGCCGAGUACAAGGACAUUUUUCAAAAGUUCGGCCCGGCGCUGGAUGAGACCGAAGUUCAGCGAGAGGCAAACGCUGGCAAUAAGGGUGAUGUCUUCUUUGACCAGGACGACGACAUACCCAGCGAGGAGGAGCAGAGCGGGCAACAGAAAAUGUCCAAGAAGAAGAGGAAGAAGCUUCACAAGCUCUCUAUCGCCGAGUUGAAAGCCCUUGUUCGAAACCCCGAGGUUGUCGAGUGGCAAGACCCAUCGUCCUCGGAUCCGCGACUCCUGGUCCAGAUAAAGGCGCAACGGAAUGUCGUGCCGGUUCCUGGCCACUGGUCACUGAAACGAGAGUACCUCUCCAGCAAAAGGGGAAUCGAGAAGCCUCCCUUCAAGCUGCCCAAGUUCAUCUCGGACACCGGCAUUACCGAGAUGCGCGAUGCGGUCCUGGAGAAACAGGCCGACCAGACAAUGAAGCAGAAACAACGAGAAAGGGUACAGGGUAAGAUGGGGAAACUCGACAUCGACUACCAGAAACUAUACGACGCCUUCUUUCGAUUCCAGACAAAGCCAGACUUGACACGCUUCGGGGAUCUGUACCACGAGGGCAAGGAAUGGGAGGCCGAUUAUAGGUACUUCAAACCCGGCGAGAUCAGCGACUCUCUCCGGGAUGCUCUGGGUAUGCAGCCAGGAUUCCCGCCGCCAUGGCUCUUGCAGCAACAGCGAGUUGGACCUCCCCCAUCAUAUCCUCUCCUCAAGAUACCUGGCCUCAACGCUCCUCUGCCAGCUGGGGCGUCCUGGGGUUUCGGUCCCGGACAGUGGGGCAAGCCGCCUGUCGACGAGUACAACCGGCCGAUAUACGGAGGAGACAUAUUCGGCGUCACGGCCGGAAAUCCCGGGGCUCAAGCACAAAUGCAAGUCGCGCAGCCACAAGCAGAGCCCGUGGAUCGCACACUCUGGGGCGAACUCAAACCACCAGAGGAAUCAGAAGAAGAAGAAGAGUCUGACGAAGAAGAAGAGGACGAUGACGAGGAGGAGGAUCCCGAUGUUCCAGGUGGCCUCCAGACUCCCGGUGGACUCCAGACUCCUGGCGGUCUCAACAGUUCCAUACCAACCGAGUAUGGUGCACCGGGUGGGGUUGAGAGCAGCAUGGCGGGCGAAUUCGAUCUCAGGAAGCAGCGCCGUGGUUAUGAGACGGAAGAAAAUGCCGGACCACGCUCCGCCUACCAGGUCGUCCCGGAGAGACAAGCGCGCGCCGAGGGCUUCUUUGGGAGCGAUAGGGUGUAUGACCUUUCCAAGAACAAGACAGGCGUACCCAUUCUGGGCCAGGAUGAUGAGACUCGCAAACGAAAGAAGCCAGGUGAUGUGGACGUUGCUCUUGACCCAGAGGCUCUUGCAAGCCAUGACGGUAUAAGUAAGGAUGAGCUGCGCAAGAGGUUUGAGGAGGGUCGUAGAGAGGAUGCGAUUGGAAAGCAAUGGCAGUAUGAUGACGACCUCAGCGAAAUGAUUGCGCAGGAGAGUCGAAAGAGAGUAAAACGGGAUGAAGAGAAGCGCGGUGGUGGAGACAAGAAGAAGGAUGCCAAAUACCGCUUCUAGUUACUGACAAAUUACGGUCUCUUCUGAGAUGCAUCACACCGAUCACAUCAUAGCAGACAAGUCAGUUCAUAAGAAACCAGGUGCAUUUGACUAGAAUCAACUACUCGCAGCCCUCUACAUCCUGUGGAGGUAGCCAACUUUACCUAGCUUAUUGGUUUUAUUCUAGCUUCCAGGUUGUAAGAUACUUUAGGAAUAAGAGGGACUAUAAUUAGCUUUAGCUUAGAGUAGCUUAUUUUAAUAUAUAACUACUCUAGUUAGUUUCACUUUUAUUCUAUAUAUAUUUAAAGAUA